AUGGUGUCAUCGGUGUGGGAUACAGAGUUGGAGCGUACAGCUGAGGAGUGGGCUGAGACUUGUCUUUGGGAACACGGUCCGGCUGGUCUGCUUCUCCAGAUAGGACAGAACCUGGGAGCUCACUGGGGAUGGCCACGUCCCCCUACUUCCCAUGUGCAGGCCUGGUAUGAUGAGGUGAAGGACUAUUCCUUCCCUUACCCCCAGGAAUGUGACCCCUAUUGCCCCUUCAGAUGUUCCGGCCCGGUCUGCACCCACUACACACAGUUGGUGUGGGCCACCAGCAGCAGGAUAGGCUGUGCCAUCAACAUCUGCUACAACAUGAACGUGUGGGGUCAGAACUGGGCUAAAGCUGUUUACCUGGUCUGCAACUACUCACCCAAGUAA